UACAAUCGCUUCUGUAAAAUCAUUGGCGUUCUCCUAUUCAUGUUCGGUUGUAGUUUUGUAUCUAAAACCGGUAAGAAACCAAGGUAACACGUUUUAAGCCACUAGCAAACCUUCUUUCUAGCUAGACAGCUAGUCUAGCAACCUCCUGUUCGCAGCGGGAGGAUAUUCUGUAAAUUAACACUUCAACAAUUGACUCUUGAUUCAUCCAGCUGACCAAAGAAAUGGUGAUGGAGAAGCCAAGUGCCCAGCUCGUCGGGCGGGAGUUUGUCCGACAGUAUUACACUCUUCUUAACCAGGCUCCUGACUAUCUGCACAGGUUCUAUGGCAAGAACUCGUCCUAUGUGCAUGGAGGCAUAGACGGCAAUGGAAAACCAUUCGAGGCUGUGUACGGUCAGUCUGAGAUUCAUAAGAAGGUAUUGGCCCUAAGCUUCCGUGACUGCCACACCAAGAUCAGGCACGUAGAUGCCCACUCCACCCUGAAUGAGGGGGUUGUGGUCCAGGUCAUGGGGGAGCUGUCCAACAACAGGCAGCCUAUGCGCAAGUUCAUGCAGACCUUUGUGCUUGCCCCUGAGGGCACUGUUGCAAACAAGUUCUACGUUCAUAAUGAUGUGUUCCGCUAUCAAGAUGAGGUUUUUGGAGACUCGGACUCGGACGCUCCUGAAGAGUCCGAGGAUGAGGUUGAAGACAUAAAUGAAAGAGUUCCUUCACCUGAUGUGGUUGAAGACCAGACCGAUGGCUUCUAUGAACAGACACCCUGCUCAGAGCCAGCUGUGCCAGUGGCGGAGGAAGAGGAGGAGGAGGCUGUUGUGACCCCAGAGCCUGAGUGCGAGAAGGAGCUGGAGGUGGAGUUGGCUGUGGAGGCAGAACAGGAGCUGAGCCUGGAGCCAGAGCCCCACACAGAACCUGAACUGGCUGACAAAUGUCCUGCUGCCUCCGACUCACCAGCUGACCUCGCACCCUCUGCGGUAGAGGACAACCGGCCAUUCUCAUGGGCGUCGGUCACCAGUAAAAACCUUCCUCCCAGUGGGGCAGUCCACGUAUCAGGAAUCCCCCCUCACGUUGUCAAAGUUGCAUCAGCACCACCGAGGUUAGAGGUGAAGGCGGAAGCCCAAGCAUCAACACAGAGAACACAGAGAGACCAGCGACCACGAGAUCCACGUCCCGGCGGACCCACUCCCUUACACAGGGGACCCAGACCAGUGCGGGAAGGCGAACAUUCACCUACUGAGGUCCGUCGUGCAGUCAGGUAUCCAGACAGCCACCAGCUCUUUGUUGGAAACGUCCCCCAUGACGUGGACAAGACUGAGCUUAAGGAGUUCUUUGAGCAGUAUGGUACUGUGCUUGAGUUAAGGAUAAACAGUGGAGGAAAGCUUCCCAACUUUGGAUUUGUGGUCUUCGACGAUUCUGAGCCAGUUCAGAAGAUCUUAAGCAAUAGGCCUAUAAAGUUCAGAGGGGACGUGCGUCUGAAUGUGGAGGAGAAGAAAACUCGCUCGGCACGAGAAGGGGAUCGGCGUGACAUCCGACCCAGGGGUCCCAGUGGCCCGGGGGGGCCACGCGAGAGAAUAGGUGGGCCCAGGGGACCUGCUAACAGAGGGGGAAUGGCACAGAAACCCAGCUUUGGCUCUGGACGUGGGACUGGGUCCAGCGAAGGGCGUUAUCCGGUGCCACGCCAGUGACGCCUGCCGCGUCGGCCCUCCCACUCCUGCUGAAGCCAUGUCGGCUCCUGAUUCGCCCCCCCCCCCCCCCCCCCCCCCCCCCCCCCCCCCCGUUACUCAAGAUGACGUGUCUUCUUGUUGUCUUUCCAUGUCCUGCUUUAGUUUCCUGUCCCAUCCAGAAUUCUAGAAUGUGACUCCCCUUUCUCGGCCUGUCCCCCUUCCUGUCCCCCAAAACAACACGAUCUGGACUUUUAUCUUCUCUCCUGUCUACGUUAUUUAUCCUUAACUUGAAGAUGGACAAGCAGCAAAAGGUAAAAACGACUUGAAUUGGGGGGGGAAAAACCCAAGGUUUGGUUCUCACGUUCUCUCCCUGUUUCGUAUUGGAACGUGUUAUUACUGCUUGGGCAAUCCUGUGUAUUGCAGCCUCCAUCUAUAAGGUCAAAUGCAAGUAAAGUUUUAUUUGAAAAAGGCUACUAGCUAUGUUAAAUCAUGAUUGUGAAUGAAUGGUUUUAUUGAGCAUGUAUGAAAUCCUGUAUGCCUUCUAAUGCACUUGAACAGUGUAAGAAGCAAAUCAACUGAUACAAAACAAAAAAUAAACAUGAUAUACUGUUUCGAAAUUCCCGUCCUAUCUUUUUUGAUC